AUGGGCGCUCGUGCCUACAGCUCGGAGACUCCCAAGCCGAGUCAAGGCAGCGGCGGCCUGGUGGUGAGCGCUAUUCUGGUCGCUGCCGCCGCCGGUGGUGCAUACUACCUGAACGACGAUGUCAAGUCGUUCCUGGCUGGCGGCGGUGCGGCCGGCAGCUCGUCGACGCUGAGCAGCAAGGCGGACGCGAAGAAGAUCCCCACCAAAGAGGACUACCAGAAGGUGUACAACCGCAUUGCGGAGCUCUUUGAGAAGGACCCCGACUACGACGCUGGCAGUUACGCUCCGGUUGUCGUGCGUCUCGCGUGGCACACGAGCGGUACCUACGACAAGGACUCGAACACGGGUGGUAGCAACGGUGCUACGAUGCGCUUCCCCCAGGAGGCUGGCUACGAGGCGAACGCUGGUCUCGAGCACGCCCGCAAGUUCCACGAGCCGAUCAAGGCCGAGUUCCCCUGGAUUACGUACUCGGACCUCUGGACGCUCGGUGGUGUGUGCGGUAUCCAGGAGAUGGGUGGCCCCACGAUCCCCUGGCGCCCUGGCCGUGACGACCACCCCGCGGAAGACACUCCUCCGGAUGGCCGUCUCCCUGAUGGCUCGCAGGGCCAGGACCACCUCCGCAACAUCUUCCACCGCAUGGGCUACAACGACCAGGAGAUCGUCGCGCUUACCGGUGCGCACGCCCUCGGCCAGUGCCACGGUCACCGCAGUGGCUUUGACGGCCCCUGGACCUUCUCCCAAACCACCUUCUCGAACUCGUUCUUCACCGGUCUCCUCGAUAUGAAGUGGAACCCCAAGAAGUGGGACGGUCCCUUCCAGUACGCUGACGAGACCGACGAGCUCAUGAUGCUCCCCACCGACUACUCGCUCGUCAAGGACUCGACCUUUAAGAAGUGGGUCAAGAAGUACGCCGAGGACGAGUCGCUCUUCUUCAAGGACUUUGCCAAUGUGUUCACCCGCCUCCUCGAGCUCGGUGUGCCGGAGGAGAACUUUAAGAAGUCUGCACGCUCGCUCGGUACCGACAAGCCGCUCGAGUUUGUGCGCACCUUUGACCAGGAGGACAAGGAAGAGGACAAGAAGGAAGACAAGAAGGAAGACAAGAAGGAGGACAAGAAGGAGGACAAGAAGGAGAAGUAG